AUGGAAACGAUUAAUAAUGAUGAUAGAGGCCAAGUGCCUUUAUCAGAAGUGGGAUUUGCAGGACAAAGAUCUGAAGAGAAUAUGCAAAGUAAUAAAGCGUCGACGUCAUCGCAGGAACCCAGCUUUCUACAGAAUAUGGAAAUGUUACUAACUAGAUUAUUAGCGGCUACUCAUGCGCAACCUACGAGUAAUCCUCCGAUACAAUUGAUUCAGUUUGACCCUGAUUGUGUGGAUGCGGACAUAGAAGGACAUAGAGCUAUUGACUGCCGUAAAAAGCGCGAAGACCCUAGUUCCGUAGAAAAGACACCGAGCCAAUCGUUUAGAAUACCUGAUAAGACGCGAGUGAUUACGUGCUAUGUAUGUGGACAGUCGGGGCACCUCGCGUCAACAUGCCCAGAAAGAAAAGGAGGGAGCAGCGCACAGAUAGUCAAGGAGGUCAACAUCUGCGAGCGCAAAUCAUCGAUGAGCACGUUAACUACAUCAUCUGGCUAUAGUGGAUUAGUUGAAGCAGCUACUAUCUUAAUUAAUAAUGCGGAGGAGGCCGAGACGGCGAUCCACGGUCAAGAGAAUGAGGGGGUACCAUCUGACGAUGAUAGUGAUACAAUGUCUAUAGCUAGUUCGCAAACUCUUACCGCUAGUUCGGGGACCCUCUCAGCCUCUGAGCGUGAUGAAAAC